AUGAAUCCCAAUUUGAACAUGCCGCCUGGGCCUGGGAUUCCCAUGCAAGCAGGACCACCAAUGUCGUUGCCUGGAGGGCUAAUGUCAGGAAUACCUAUGCCAGGCGGAACACCGAUGUGUGGCCAGGACCCAUUUUACUCUUCCCCCUUUUCCACUCCAUUUUAUAGGCGGCCGACACCUUACAUGGGGCAGCCAGACUACAGGAUUUAUGAACUCAACAAACGACUGCAGCACAGAACUGAGGAUAGUGACAAUCUCUGGUGGGACUCGUUCACCACCGAGUUCUUCGAGGAUGAUGCACAGCUCACUCUGACAUUCUGUUUAGAAGAUGGUCCUAAGCGAUAUACUAUUGGAAGAACGUUGAUACCAAGAUAUUUUCGCAGCAUCUUCGAAGGUGGAGUUACAGACUUGCACUACAUACUGAAAUACCCAAAGGAGUCGUUUCACAACACCACUAUCACCUUGGAUUGUGAUCAUGCACUUAUGGUUACACAGCAUGGCAAGCCCAUGUUCACAAAUGUAAUCACGGAAGGUAGGUUGAUAUUAGAGUUCACCUUUGAUGACCUCAUGAGGAUCAGAUCCUGGCACUUUGCAAUCAGGCAGCACCGAGAACUUAUUCCACGAAGCAUUGUUGGCAUGCAGCAAGAUCCUGCAAUGGUGGAGCAGCUCUCAAAAAACAUAACAAGAAUGGGACUGACUAACUACACUUUAAACUUUCUGAGGUUGUGUGUGAUACUAGAGCCAAUGCAGGAACUUAUGUCCAGACAUAAAGCCUACGGCCUCAAUCCUCGUGACUGUUUGAAAACUACACUGUUUCAAAAAUGGCAGCGAAUGGUGGCGCCGCCAGGUAAAGAGUCAGCCCGUCCUCAGAGCAAGAGAAGAAAGCGAAAAGGCUCCACAAGCAAUAAUGCAAAUGCUGGUAACAUGAACAGUCGGGAUGCACCUCCUUCGGGCAAACAGAAGCGGUCACCAGGACCUCAGGGUUUUAACCUAGGAUCCACAGUGCCUGGUGAUGUAAUGGUGGUAGGUGAACCAACACUCAUGGGCGGUGAAUUUGGAGAUGAGGAUGAACGACUCAUUACACGGUUAGAGAACUCUCAGUUUGAACCCACAAACAAUGAUGACAACGUUGACAAGUUCCACAACUCCCCUGUUGUGCAGCAAAGUCAAUGGGGCGGUGACAAAAACACACCUCAGCCCUCGACUGCCACCACCACACCAACCACCAACACUCCCCUGACAGAAGCCGAAAUCAAGCAGGAAUAG